AUGUCUGCCGUGACACUUAACCCGGACGCUGAUCUCAGUCGGUAACACGCGCUAAUGAAAACAGACAUGGAGCUGAACGAAGAGAAGAAAAGUUCACAGGCUCUGCUGUCGUGUGGAAAUGGGGCAGGUCUCACUGAGAAGCUUCUGCUCAAGCCAAAGUCCAGUGGAGUCCUGCAGACCGCGAGGCUGCCCAAGAGCAGCGUGUUGGAGCGGCUGCAGAGCUUCCUGCCUCAGAUGGCAGAGGCUAAUGAGAAGCUCAAGCAGCAGAUGGAGGAAGCUCCUGCUGGACACUUUGAUAUCGAGAGAGUGGACGAGGCUCAGAGGGUCAUAGAGAUGGACGUCGCACUGGUGGAGCUCAGUGGCUCAGACAGCGACUGUGACAACGAAGGUGACCUGUCAGGCUCUGAAGACGACUCAGACUCCGAAGAGGAUGAGCCCAAGGUCACGGAGCAGAACCUGAAACUACCUGGAGACAAAGGCAAGAAGAAGGCCAGCAUCCAGGUUCUGGACCAGCAGGGGAAGUAAAACUGUGGAUUCAAUUCAUUGACUUAUUUGAAGACGUUAUUCAUAUACAUGCUGGACGCAGAGACAUAAGGAGCAAACGGAAGCAGGAGCAUCGCUCUGGAAACAGCAACAAGUGCCUUGAGAGCCAGAACAGACGACGUGAUGACGUCAAUCAGCUGAUCAUGUGACUUUUGACUUCAUACUUAAACUGUGGAUCAAGUGUGUGUGUCCAGAUUCAUGGACUGUGAGGGAAAUGUCACUGCUCAUAAUCUGCUGUGUUUGUUUGUUUUUCUUUCCUUAAUUUAAUGUAUUAAUUAAGGGUUGGUUGCUUAGCAACAACAGGUUCGACAGAAGCCAGAGCCUUUUGCGUCACUUUGAAAACCACAAACAGGAAGUUGUAAUGUGUUGGUGAAAUUGACCUCAGUGACACCAGCAUCAGCCUAUUUUAUUUGUUCCUCUACUAGUCAACUGAUGUGGGUUAGGGAUGCACGAUCUUGGACAUUUUGCCAAUAUAUCAGGAGUGCUUGGGCCAAAAAUCAAUACACCUAUGUAUAUAUUUAGGUUUUUUCUUCCAGUAUCAGCUGAUAUUCAUAUUGUGCCAAUAACGUCAUGCAUCCCUAAUAUGGGUUUUUCUAUGUCCAAGUCUGGGCUGCUCGUAACUGAUAAUUAAUGCUGAUAUUUUUUUUGGCCAGUAUAUUUAGCCAAUUUAAAAUAUAAUUGUUUAAUGAUAACAGAUACCAAAAAAUAGCUUAACUUUGGUAACUAUUUUUUGAAAAAAAAAAUACACUUAAUGGUGUGUCUCUUUAAGGGUUAGGUUUCUGCUCCAUUUAACAAAUCAUUAAAAUUGGUUCACUUUGGUUUGUGUAAAAGAAAUAAAGCAUUUAAGAACAUCAUUUCAUGGAUUAGGAAACAUUGAUCAACAUUUUCUAACAUUUAAUGGACCAAACAACAAAUCCAUUAUUUGAUCAUUUUAUUUAUCAAGUCUCAACAAAAAUGGGUAAUUUGUAAUAAUUGGCAGAUUAAUAAAUAAUAAUCAUUCAAUGCAGAUUAUUAGGGGGAAAAAAAAGUUAAUCAGUUUUCGUCUAGACUUCAAAUGGUUCACUUUAUAGGCUUCAGACUUGGCAAAGGGCACCAAUGUGUGCACUGCUAACUUAUUUGGAAAAAGAAAUGUGUGAGAGGGUGGCUACUGCACUAGUUAUUUGAGAUGUACAGCAUAUUUCUUUGUUUUGUGUCUUUAAAAUGUAUGCAAAGCAACAAAAAGACAGAACUUCAGGGAACGUUAAACACGUGUGGUCCAGUUUUAAUGCAGGAGUUUGAUGGACACUUGUGUUUGUGUUGGUGUCGCACACACUGUUUAAAACAAACCCUCACCUUUUUUUGCAGAACCUAUUUGUGUAAAGCAAGAGCAAAUAAACUGUCUUAUUUUUUA